AAAACCAUAGAAUGACCGUCAGCGACAGUACUUGAUCAAUUCACCAACCUUUUGCUUUGACUCGCGGCAGUGCCCCAAUUCUCACCGAUAGAUCCGGAGUAUGAAUCAGAUGCCACACUUGCAUGUGAUUUCAUUCAACCUGCACACAGACAAUCAUCCUUGAAGCUUGAAGUUUGAAGCAUAACAUGGAAUCAAAGAACUUGAAGUCGUUUACCUGUGAAGAGGUGGCAAAGCACAAUAAGCCCGACGACUUGUGGAUUGUUAUUGAUAGCAAGGUGUACAAUAUCACUCGUUUCAAGGAUUUGCACCCAGGGGGCGCUUCAGUUUUCGCAGAAGAGGACAUAGCUGGUCAGGACGCCACUGAGGCGUUUUACGGCCUCCACCGUCAUGAAGUGCUUUUGCGACCCCAAUAUGCUCGUUUACAGAUAGGUUACAUUGAAGGAGAGAGGAGCGUAAUUUAUUCUCGAGAGCUUGGGAAGCUCAGUGAUGUGCCAUAUGCAGAGCCUACCUGGCUCAGUGCUGGGUACUACAGCCCUUACUUCAAAGAGAGUCAUCGACGCCUCCAAGCAGCGAUGCGAGAGUUUGUGGAUAACAUUAUCACUCCGGAUGCACUGCUGCAUGAGGAAGACGGCAAACGGCCGAGUGCUCAUGUAAUCAAAGCUAUGGCAGAGCUAAAUAUACAUGCCAUGCGCAUUGGUCCGGGGAAACACUUGAAAGGCCUCACCCUUAUGGGCGGUGCCGUGUCUCCUGAGGAGUUUGAUUACUUCCAUGAGCUUGUUUGCAUACAGGAGAUAUCUCGCUGCGGUCAGCGGGGAUACGGCGAUGGUCUACAAAGCGGAGCUGUCAUAGGGUUACCACCUAUCAUGAACUUUGGAUCACCAGAACUCAAAUCGAAGAUCAUUCCUGAAGUGCUUUCUGGCAAGAAGUUCAUCUGCCUGGCGAUAUCUGAGGCGUUUUCGGGAAGUGAUGUUGCUGGCCUGCAGACUCGUGCAACGAAGAGUCCAGAUGGGAAGUAUUGGACCAUAAAUGGCACGAAGAAGUGGAUAACCAACGGGACGUUUGCCGACUACUUCACUGUGGGGUGCAAAACGGAUACUGGAUUUACAGUCAUCUUGGUAGAACGCUCGGAAGGUGUCGAGACAAAGCCCAUCAAAACGAGCUAUUCAUCAUCAGCUGGUACCGCCUAUGUCACAUUUGAUAAUGUUAAGGUCCCUAUGGAAAACACCCUCGGACCCGAGGGUGGAGGAAUCUUCGUCAUCCUCUCCAAUUUCAAUCACGAGCGGUGGGUGAUGUGCGCUUCUUCCGCUAGAGGUCAGCGGUUGAUCGUUGAGGAAUGCCUAAAAUGGGUCAAUCAGCGCAAGGCAUUUGGCAAACCCUUGUCUUCACUGGCAGUAAUAAGAUCGAAGAUUGCAGCCAUGAUCUCACGUACGGAGAGUGUUCAGAAUUGGCUUGAGAAUUUAACUAUGCAAAUGUGCAAUAUGACUUACAAGGAACAGGCACAGAAGCUUGCGGGACCGAUCGGUCUGCUCAAGAUGUAUACAACGAGGUGUGCCCAAGAAACAGCAACCGAUGCCGUCCAGAUAUUCGGCGGACGGGGUAUCACAAAGACCGGUAUGGGGCAGUAUAUUGAGCAUUAUCAUCGCACGAUUCCCUUCGAUGCGGUUCUCGGCGGAGCGGAAGAUGUACUCGGCGACCUCGGAGUGAGACAGGCAAUUCGACAGAUGCCUAAGAACGCUCGCUUGUAAUCAUGUCUUCAUGAGCGUGUGCGCAGCUUAGCUGUGCCUCGGAGGCCCUUGACUUUUUCGAUUGUAUUUUUAUUACAUUGAAACUCGACCAUCUUGCAUCAUCGUUGUUAUUUGGCUUGACAAUAGACCCAUCUAUCCGUCUAUCCGCGUCCAAAGGCCUGAUCGUUCUGCUUAAUUUCCGUUGUAUUUCAUCUCCGUGUCAAUCUGACCUUUCACUUUGACAUUGGCUGCCACUCCGAAUCUUGCAAGUUCCUCUAGAUCAGGUUGUACAUCAUGCUGAGAUAGUAAGGGCCUUGAGGUCGGCUAUCGAGCAAUAUUAGCA